GUGGCCUACUGUAUAAAGUCAAUGUGCUUUGUUACUGUACAAGUGAGACAGUGCGAGUCUGUGGCAUGUGAGGAAAUCAGCUGUCAGUCUGGUGAGAGACAAGUCGUCGGCUCCGUGUGCUGUUAUCUGUUAGGGAAUCACUAUGAAACUUCUUUGGAUUUGUGCAUUUCUUUUAAUGCUCAGAGUCACUUCAUAUCAGACAUUAAAGUUUGUGUCUGCGGUGAUUGAUCAGUUUGUUGUCCUGCCCUGUGACUCGAGCGGCUGUGCUGCAGUUCAAUGGAGUCAAGUCAAUCACAUACAGACGACUAUUGCUGGAUGCCAUAACCACAGGUGCUCUGUUGAAGAAAGUUUUAAGGACAGAUUCAAAUUCAUCAAGGAAAACUCCUCUCUGCUUCUCAUCUCUGCAAAAUACAAUGACCAGGGGACCUACAGAUGUACCUGUGAUGGCAUUAAAAAUGAUGUAAAACUGGAGGUUCUAGUUCCAGUAAAUGUGUCGGCUAAGGAGUUGGCAAACAUCACCCUGCCGUGUUAUGCCGGUACUCUGAUCAAUGUCAAUGAUGUCACAUGGCUCCAUAACAACAGUACAGUUUUACAUUACUAUAAGAAUGGAUCCAUGAGUUUUGGCAAAGGCUAUGAAGGCAGAGUAUCACUAACACGUGAUGGAUUCAGAUAUGGUGAUCUCUCUCUGACUCUCACUGAGGUCAACAACACAGACGCAGGGUUAUAUCGCUGUUUUCUUCAUGAUGAAACAACUAAAGGAGACCCACACUCCUAUAUGUUACAUGUGAACGGUAAGAUGGGAGACCCUGAUGUUCCGCUCACCAAUCCAGGAGGAAACCAAAACUCUGAGGUCAACUAUCUUCUACGAGGAGCCAUAAUAAUAAUAAUAAUUGUCCUCUUUGCCAUCAUUGUGAUUCUCUCAGUUUUGCUGUAUAAGAGAAGAACCACUGCAUCACCCACAGAUGUCAAUCACCCAUUAACAUCAGAUAUAUCCAGUCAACCCAGAAAGAGCAUCAAUGGAUUUUUAAGUUCAUCUUUGUGACAGAUUGCAAUUUUUAGUUUAGUCAACAAUUGCUAAAGCUUUAUUUCUGAUACAAGACAAAAGCAAACUCUUUAUUUACUUGUAAUAUUCUCUGAAAAGUGUAAGCAAGAAGGUCUCUGUAGUUUGACCUAUAUAUAUGCACUUUAAGACUAUUGACAUUUAUAUGCAUCCCUCUCCAUAACCCAAAUAGGACCAUUGAUUAUGUAAAUAACAGUUUUCUUAUGUGGUUUAGAUGUCAGGGAGUGAUUUCACCCAGCAUAAGUAAUAAACAUAACAGCAGCCUUUAUCUAUAACUGUAUGAACAGCCUCAUGCAAAGCAUUUUGGGAACCAGAAUUCCUCAUCAACCUUUUUCUGUUUUUUCAUUUAGAUUUUGGUUCCCAGAAUGCUUUGUAUGAGGUUGUUAUUUUAUUUUUGUGAAGAUAAAAACAUGUUAAUGUUUAAUGUUCAUUUAACUUCGAACAAACUGUUGACAGUCAAUAACAUACAUUUAAAUCUACAGUAGUAACUUACUGGCAAACAGCUGCCAGUAAUAAUGUCAUUUCUACAGAUUUUUUUACCGUGUACUAUAAAGUAUUUUGUUAAUGGUAGUUUGAUUUAUAUUCCUCAGAUAAAAUGAGCUUCUAAGCAUCAAUAUUAAAUGUGCUUUAUGAAACCAUACAGCCAAACAAAGUACCUUUUAAGGGACCUUUAUUUUUAGGAUUGUAAUAUAUUAUAAAGUGUUUGAUGUGUCUCAUAUGUUAGUUGUGUUGUUAAAGAAUUUAUAUUAACUCUUGUAUUAUGUUCCUGGUCAAUUUGAUCGUUUUUAAAUUUUAAGCUGUCAAAAAAACAGGCAACCUGUGAUUUUAUUCUUGACAUUUUGUGACUUUUUCUC